AUGAGACUGGCUUUUAUUUUCCCCGGCAUAAUUGCGAAUGCUCAAGAAUGGAGCUGCAAUGAUCAAAGAGAAACUGUUUCGGGAAAAACUUGUCAAAGAUGGGAUACGAAUUUUCCUCAUAGAGUAGAUGGCAGCCCUUCUGCUCCGUGGCAUAAUUUAUGCUGCAAAGGAUUCGGGCAUGGAGGGCAUCAUUGGUGCUACACAACAGAUCCUGAUACUGAGUGGGAGUAUUGCAUUGACGAUAUGAAUCGGGGGACAACAACGAGGACUAAAUCAUGUGAUUGCUGGGAGUAUUCGAAAAAGUACGAUGGCAAGAAACAAACCACAAAAUCAGGCAGAAACUGCGUCAAAUGGGCUGACGUCGAAAAUAGAAUUCCUCUUCCCAGCGAGUCCUGGGAUCAUAAUUUUUGUCGAAAUCCUGAUUUUCAUCAUGGAGGUCCGUGGUGUUACACGAAUAAGUAUUCCGCUCGCUGGGAGGAAUGCGGGGUCGAUCAUUGCUCGAAUUGCAAAUCUCCUGCUGCUGCAAACAAUGGAGACAAGGAAGAGAUCGUCAAUGAAAAUGUCGAAUGCGGAGUUGUCGAGCUGGAACCUGGCUUGAAUUUGAUGGUUGGCGAUCAUCCUAUUGAAAAAUUUACAAAAGACCGACCCCGAUCGGUCAGAUCCAUUCCUGUUACAGCAACCACAGAAUCACCCAGGAAUACGUCUUAUAUUCGACCAAAUUUGAUUGGAGGAAGACAGGCAAUGCGCAGAACACUUCCUUGGCAAGUUCUUAUUCGAGGAAGAAAUGUCUGCGGGGGCACCCUUGUUUCGAUGAAACAUGUGAUAUCUGCUGCUCAUUGCUUUCAAAAUAAAGAUGAAAACUUCGCCUGGGGCGUGAUUUCUGCGGGAAACAUCUUCAGAGUUCAUAAUCCCAUGAAUCCUGAACCGGGAAGACAAGAAAGAAACUUUGGGAAGUAUAUUCCUCACAGAUCUUACGACCCGAAAACGAAUUCAAAUGACAUUUGCAUCAUCGUUACUGACCGCCCUUUUCAAUACAACGAGUACGUUCGACCAGCUUGUUUGCCAGAAUUCAAAGCUGAAAGAAACGCGGGAUGCAUCAUCAGUGGUUUUGGUUCAGAAGAAUUCGGUGGAAGAAUCAGUGACCGAUUGCUUAUGCAAGUUGUGGAAGUCAGAUCGCGGACAUAUUGCAAAAAUCAGCUGCACAAUGGAAAUCAAUUUGACAACUCGAUGCUUUGUGCUGGUGGUGUGGCAGGCGUUGACACUUGUGGUGGCGAUUCUGGAGGACCACUUGUUUGUCAUGCCAAUGGAAAAUACACUCUUUAUGGCGUCGUUUCUUUUGGAUAUGGUUGCGGAAACGCGAUUCCCGGAGUUUAUGCCGAUGCUUUUGCACUGCGAAAAUGGAUAAGAGCUAAUAUUCAAUAA